GCUAACUGAGAAAUCACUGCUUUCCUUAAACCCUACACGGAAAUCUCUCUCCUAUUCUUCUCUCUUACAAUUAGGGAUUUCUGUGCGAUGCCGAACUUCUGAUUUCCAUGGAAGACGAUUGUUCGGUCGACUUUGAUGUGCUCAAACUUCCUGAAUUUGUUGCCAAAGGCUUAUUAGGCUUUGAUGCCUGGACUUCACUUAUUUCAAAUAUUGAAAAAACAUAUCCGAUAUCUACUAACUUUACAAGUGUUUAUCAUCACAAGGUUGAGGAUGACAUAAAGAAAAUAUGUUUAGUGUAUGACUCUUUCUUGUCUGAGUUUCCUUUGUGCUAUGGUUAUUGGAGGAAAUAUGCUGAUCACAAGUCACGUUUAUGCACUGUUGACAAAGUUAUUGAAGUUUAUGAACGUGCAGUGCAAUCAGCAACUUACUCUGUUGGUUUAUGGGUUGACUAUUGUAGCUUCAGUAUGUCUGUUUUUGAGGAUCCAUUUGAUGUUCGCAGACUGUUUAAAAGAGGGCUGUCCUUUGUCGGGAAGGAUUACUUAUGUCAUACCUUGUGGGAUAAAUACAUUGAAUUUGAGCUUUCUCAGCAGCAGUGGAGUUUCCUAGCUCACGUUUACAUUCUAACUUUGAGAUUUCCAACAAAAAAAUUACAUCAUUAUUAUGACAGGGGGAGUGGAGAGACGAUUGAUCAUCUUUUCCUACAUUGUUCAAUUACUUUGGGGUUAUGGCACAUGCUAUUCUUGCAAGCAGGGAUGGAGUGGAUCACUGGUAGUGUGGAUGCUGCUAGAGACAUAUUAAUAGAUGGCAUUAGAUGUGUGCCUGAAUCCAAAAUGCUUCUAGAGGAAUUGAUAAAGUUUGCAAUGAUGCAUGGAGGGUCAAGGCACAUAAAUGUGGUAGAUGCUGUUGUUGCUAAUGCAAUAUCUCCUGGGACUGAUGUGUCUCAAGGUUUGAGUGCUAAAGAUGGGGAAUAUAUAUCAAGCUUAUAUUUAGAGUUUGUUGACCUCUGUGGAACUAUCUAUGACGUAAAGAAGGCAUGGAAUCGUCACAUAAAGUUGUUUCCCCACUGUUUGAGGACUAUGUCCAUAUAUAAGUACCCAGCAACGAGUUCAAAACCCUUGAGAAUAGCUAUGGAAGGAAGACCAGACAUCAUCGCUGCAAUGCCUUGUCAUCCAUUUGGAGAUUCUGGUUCUAACCGUCUGGCCCUGAUCCCAAUAGAAGAGCAAGGACUGUCAUGCCCAGAAAAUCAUGAUAUCCACUCUGAGCAGGUUGUCAAUGUCCAGCUUGAACCAGAAGCAGCUAACAAAAGUGCACAGGAGGGAUUGCAACUGGUCAUUCCCAAAGUUCCAGGGCAGCACAGAGAAGAAGCUUCUGAACCAAAUGUGUCAGAUUCCGUGGUUAAAGAAUAUAAUGAAAUCGAAUCUGUACAAGCCUUGUUAGCAUUGUCCGGGUCAAAUGACCUUCAGCAAGAGGUUGAGCAUGGACCUUUACAGGACCCGAAGUCUCUUUCACUGGAGUGUCUCUCUUUGAAUCCUCAAGGCAAGGAAUCUCCCGAAUCAAUCCCUGCAUCAUCUCAUGAGGUUGAAGCUCCUGAAGAAGCAUGCAGAUCAAAUGGAAUCAUAACUGAGAGUGUGUACAAUACUGAUGAAAACCCCCCUUCUUCCAGCCCAGUAGGCACUUCAGCUGAUGAUCCUGCUGAAAUUCACAGUGAAUCAGUGGGUCCUUUGUCUUCAGCUAGUCCUCAGCUUCCUACACCAACGGAAGAAUUUUCACAAUCCCUGGUGCCUAAAAGUGGUGGUGGAAAAUGGAAUCAAACGGAUGGUACUGAUAAAUAUGCUCAAAUUCAAAUGUCUCCAGAAAGACAUAAAAAUCCUCUACCAUCAGAAGCAGUUCCACAGCCACAGUUGUCUGUAAAUGGUGCUGGAAAUCGGCGUCAAAUGAACAAUGCUGAUAAAGCUCACAGAGAUUCCAGUCCUAGGUUCCAUGGGCAUUCACGAAACAAAAGGCGUGCCUCCCGGCAUGUUCCUCUGGAACAACAGUACCCACGAGAUCAAAUAGGCACUCAAAUGCUUGUGAGCCAAGGUAAUCCUGGUCAGCCUUUUUCUUGGCAAAACCAACAAAAUCAGCAAGGGAGCCAAGCACAACAUCCAAUUCAAACUGCUGGCCAGGGCAAUUUGACAGCUACUCAUGCUUGGCCAAUGCAAAUUGUGCAGCAACAAAAUUUUGCCUCUACAUCUUCAUGUCAAGUGCCAGCCCAACCUGUUACUUACCCUCAAGCACAGGUGUCUCAAUAUCCCAUGCAAAGUAAUGAGCAGUAUGGGCAUAUGCAGAAUAGCCAAGCAUAUAAUCAGAUGUGGCAUUAUUAUUACUACCAGCAGCAGCAACAUUUUAUUCAACAACAGCAACUACAAUUGCAGCAACAGCCUCAGCAGCAGCAGCACCCACAAGAGUCCGAGCAACUCCAGCAGCAGCAGCCACAACAACACCCCCAGCAGCAGCAGCUGCAACCGUCCCAGCAGCCACUGUCCCAGCAGCAGCAAUCCCAUCAACAGCAGCUUUUGCAUCAACAAUAUCAACAGCAGCAGCUGGAACUGCAACAGCAUUAUCUUCAGCAGCACCAACAACAGUUCCAGCAUCAACAAAAUCAUCAGCAACAGCUGCAGUUGCAACAGCAACAGUAUGUACUGCAGCAGCAACAAUCCUAUCAGCAGCAGCAGCAGCAGCAACAACAUCUGCUUUACUUGCAGCAACUACAGCAGAAACAACAAGAACAUGAGCCCCAAAAGCAAAAACAGCAGCAACAAUUGCAACAGAAAGAAGAUCAAGAACAGCAGCAACAACAACUGCUGAUAACUCCAUUACAAAUUCAGCAGGCAUGGAACAACUACCAACAGCAGGCUUCUUUGCAGUACUAUGAUGCCACGAGUCAUUCAGGAACGGAAUCAAAUCAGCAGAUUAUGGUACCCCAGGGCCAGCCAGCGACUCCACAUAGUACCAGUUCAUCUGAACAUGCAGCAUCACCGGGUGUCCAACAACAAUCUCCUAAAUUAAUGAAACAGACGAAUGAUAAUUCCCCCACUAACUCAGUGUAGAGGCAUUACCUAACCCCAAUAGGUUUGUUUUAUUUCAUUUUGUUCUUAUUUUUUAAAUUGUAUCAUAAUUCCUCUUUCUCUAAGAUUGCCUUCUUGUAAAAGUUUGACUAGAUUUUGUCUGUAGGAGUCCAAGCUGUUUUAAUCCAUUUAUAUCAUCUUCCUUGUAGACCUCAAGAAAACAAUCUUUUAUCUUCAACUCGUGGCCAUUUUGAUUUGAA